GUCUUCUAAAAAAACUCUCUCUCUCUCUCUUUAUAAACUCCUUCCUUUUCGCACUGUUAAUCAAUCUCUAACUUCUCUCUCUAGAUUUUCUCUUCUCCUUCCUUCCUUUCUCUCUCUCUCCUCCCCCUAGGGUCUCCAUCUCCUUUCACUGUCAAAUAACCUAUCGAAGACUCUCCCGAAACAUAUCCUACUGCGACUUUUUCCACAUGGCGGCGGAGAAGCUAAGAGACUUGAGCCAGCCGAUUGACGUCGCUGUCCUCGAUGCCACCGUGGCAGCCUUCUUCGUCACCGGAUCUAAGGAAGAGAGAGCUGCUGCUGACCAGAUUCUGCGGGAUUUGCAAGCUAAUCCGGAUAUGUGGCUUCAAGUUGUUCAUAUUCUGCAGAACACGAAGAGUAUGGAUACUAAGUUCUUUGCCCUUCAGGUUUUAGAAGGUGUUAUAAAGUACAGAUGGAAUGCACUGCCUGUUGAACAACGGGAUGGAAUGAAAAAUUACAUCUCCGAGGUCAUCGUACAGCUCUCAGGUAAUGAAGCGUCUUUCAGAUCGGAAAGGCUCUAUGUCAACAAGCUGAAUGUUAUCUUGGUUCAGAUAGUGAAGCAUGACUGGCCGGCAAAGUGGACAAGCUUCAUACCUGAUCUAGUUGCCGCUGCUAAAACAAGCGAAACUAUCUGCGAAAAUUGCAUGAUCAUUUUGAAACUCCUAAGCGAAGAAGUUUUUGAUUUCUCAAGAGGAGAAAUGACUCAGCAGAAGAUUAAAGAGCUAAAACAAUCUCUAAACAGGCAUUUUAAACUCAUUCACGAGUUAUGCCUAUAUGUCCUCUCAGCAUCUCAAAGACAGGAUCUUAUACGUGCAACACUCUCUGCGUUGCAUGCCUAUCUUUCCUGGAUUCCUUUGGGCUAUAUUUUUGAGUCUCCUUUGCUCGAAACCCUCCUUAAAUUCUUUCCCGUGCCAGCGUAUAGGAAUCUUACACUUCAAUGUCUAACUGAGGUUGCAGCUCUCAAUUUCGGAGACUUCUACAAUGUCCAAUAUGUCAAGAUGUACACCAUAUUCAUAGGGCAGCUGCAGGCAAUUCUCCCACCGAGUACAAAUAUCCCAGAUGCAUAUUCAAACGGAAGUGAUGAAGAACAAGCAUUUAUCCAGAACCUGGCACUAUUUUUCACUUCGUUUUUCAAGUUUCAUAUACGAGUCCUGGAAUCAACUCCAGAGAUUGUCGCCUUAUUACUUUCGGGUCUUGAAUAUCUCAUCAAUAUAUCAUAUGUUGAUGACACUGAAGUUUUUAAGGUUUGUUUGGACUACUGGAACUCAUUGGUUCUGGAACUGUUUGAAGCACAUCAUCAUUCGAAUAACCCUGCAGCAAAUGCAAAUAUGAUGGGAUUGCAGAUACCUUUCAUGCCUGGUAUGGUUGAUGGUCUUGGUUCGCAAGUCAUGCAGCGGCGUCAACUUUAUUCGAACCCAAUGUCCAAACUAAGAGGGUUAAUGAUUAAUCGCAUGGCGAAGCCUGAAGAAGUGCUUAUUGUUGAAGAUGAAAAUGGGAACAUCGUCCGUGAAACUAUGAAGGACAAUGAUGUUCUUGUUCAGUAUAAGAUAAUGCGGGAGACAUUAAUCUACCUCUCACACCUUGAUCAUGAUGACACUGAGAAGCAGCCGGGGGGGGCGGGGGUGUUAUGA